AUGAUGCAUCGUGAAGAACUCCCAGAAAGAAGAGAGAAACUUUCAGAAAGAAGGGAGCAGGCCAUCAAAGAGAAUGGAGAUGGGGAUAAAAAUGUACAUAGCAUUAACGAGGAAACGGAAUCACCAACUGCAAACAUCGAUUACAUCAAUGAUAGUGUUUCUGACUGUCAAGCCAGUAUCAUGCAGAUGGUGGAAGCAAACGGGGACUCGUUUGGCGGGAAUCCCAAGCCCCCCGGAGCCCGGGAAGGAGCGGAGCGGAGCGACCCGAGUUCUCUGUCAACUAUGGGUCCUUUCCCAUGGACGUUCCUGGUCUUGGGGUAUCUGCUGUCAGGUCUGCAACGUGGAGCCUUCCAGUCCCCGGUUCCCGCCGUGACGCCGAACGAGGAGGAGCUGGUGUUGCCCCUGAACAGGUCAUUCUCCCUGUGGUGCACCGGGGACAGCGAGAUCAGCUGGCGGUUCCCCACGCUGGAUGACGAGAGCUCCGGCGUGGCCAUCCGCAGUGAGAAGAACAACUGCAGCAACUUCCUGUCCGUGCUGGAGGUGGCCAACGCCUCGGCCGUGCACACAGGCCUCUACACCUGUUACUACAACGACACGCAGGCCCAGGGGACCGGGAUCAUAGGCCGGAAUAUCUACGUCUACGUGCCUGACCCUGACGUCACCUUUGUGCCCUCCGUCAUGGUCGACCGCUUCAUCGUCGUGGAGGAAGGCAAUUCCACCGUGAUCCCCUGUCGCCCCACCGACCCGCAGGCGCAGGUGACCCUGCACGCCAGCGAUGGCAAGGAGGUCUCUGCCACCUACGACCGACGCAGAGGCUUCCUGGGUCACUUCGCCACGGGGUCCUACACGUGUGAGACGACCAUCCGUGGCAGGAAGUUCCGGACCCCCGAGUUUAACGUCCACACCUUGCGAGUCUCCCAGGAGAUCGUCUUGGAGAUGGAGGCCCCGAAGACGGUAUACAAGACAGGCGAAACCAUCGUGGUCACCUGUUCCGUCCUGGACAUCGAGCUGGUCGAUUUCCAGUGGAACUACCCGGGGGAGGCGGUACGUCCCGCUUCCGGCGCGCCUAUUGGUGAGGGUGUGGUGGGGAUGGGGCUUCGAGCAGGAGUCAGUCGAGC